AUGGAUGUCAAAACUACCUUCAUGAAUGGUGAACUCGAAGAAGAAAAUUAUAUGAGACAACCUGAAGGGUUUGAAAAGGAGGGAAAAAAGCAUAUGGUUUGCAAACUUGGCAAGACAAUUUAUGGAUUGAAGCAAGCAAGCAGGAGGUGGUAUUUCAAAUUUCACCAAACUGUUUCCACUUAUGGUUUUGAAGAGAACAUAGCUGACCAGUGCAUUUAUCUGAAGAAGUGUGUGAGUCGAUUUAUUUUUCUGGUGUUGUAUGUCGACGACAUACUUUUGGCUACAAAUGACCACAAUUUACUAAAGGACACCAAGGAGCUACUUUCAAAUAAUUUUGAGAUGAAGGAUUUGGGAGAAGUUGAUUUUGUGUUGGGCAUUGAAAUUCAGAGAGACCGAGCUCGAGGCCUUCUAGGCCUAUCACAGAAAACAUACAUUGAGAGGAUACUCAAGCGUUUUGACAUGAGUAUAUGUUAUGGACAGGAAGUUUUGUUAGCUAAAGGAGAUUUAAAGAAUGAGCAUUGCCCCAAGAAUAAAAUAGCUGGAAAGAAGAUUCUGAGGUACCUACAGAGAACAAAGGCUUAUAUGUUGAUUUACAGACGCACAGAAAAUUUAGAGCUUGUUGAUUAUGCUAAUGCGAAUCUUGGAAAAGCAGAGGAUGAUUACAUCCCUACUUCAGGUUUUCUUUUCAAGAUGGCAGGAGCAGCUGUUGCUUGGAAGAGUGCUAAACAAACUGGUGUUUCGAGUUCAACCAUGUUUGCAGAAUAUAUAGCUUGCUAUGAAGCCACUUCUCAUGCAGUAUGA